CCAUUCACUCGCUUCAUUCACUGGCUCGCCGGCAUUGCGAGACUGACGGCCGCGCGGAUCGCGUCGUUUGUCGCCCGUUUUACCGAAAGUGGUCGUAAGUAAACCGCGCGCGUACGAAAUUUGAAAAUGCAUAGAGCUUGAAUAGUGUUACUAGUUUUACUUUUUCAUUUAAAAAUGGGAGAACAGGCGUUUAACAUAUCGGAUGAGAAUUUAGAACAGCAUAUUGUUACUUUGUUUGAGAAAUUGGAGUGUUUACGAAAGGAUGCGAACUCUGGUGACGGGUGCUUGUCGGGGAGGGUACCGGCGCGGGUGGAAGUGCGGACUCUUUCGUUGUGGAAGGCAGUGGUAGCAGAGUGCGCGGCCUCCUUUCUGUAUGUGUUCAUCGUGUGCGGGGCGGCUGGUGGCGCGGGCGUGGGAGCCUCCGCCUCGGCCGUGCUGCUCUCCACUGCGCUCGCUUCAGGCUGUGCCAUCGCGACGCUCACUCUCUGCUUCGCUAACAUAUCUGGUGCUCACGUGAACCCGGCGGUGUCGGCGGCGUUGUGCGUGCGCCGGCGCGUGUCCCCGCUCCGCGCUGCGCUGUACGUCGCCGCGCAGUGCGGCGGGGCCAUCGCAGGCGCAGCCGCUAUUUAUGGUGUCAGCGUGCCAGGGUAUGCUGGUGGACUGUCGGCGUCUCUGCCAGGCGGUGGCAGCGUGACGGGCGCAGCGUGGGAGCGGCUCGGAGCGGAGCUGGUGCUGUCGGCGCUGGUGGCCGCCGCCUACUUCGCAGCCAUGGAGCGGCGCUGGACGGGGGCUGCACCGGCGCUGCUGGGCGCUGCUUAUUGUGCUGCUAGCUUCGUUUCUAUGCCGUCACUGAAUCCAGCUAGAUCGCUAGGACCGUCGUUCGUGCUGUCUCGCUGGGAGAGCCACUGGGUGAGCUGGGUGGGAGGACUGGGAGGCGGUGUGGCCUCCGCACUACUGCACGAGUGGGGCGGCCGACGGGCCAGGGGCGCGUCAUCGCGUGCCUCGUCGCCUCGAGACCUGGACGAGCUCGACAAGCCCGCCUUCCCCUCACAUCACCACUACCGCCACGCUCCCACUUACUGCGCCGCAGCCCCGCGCCCCGACACCGCCGAGCCGCUCUACUCCGGCACCAAAUCACUCUACUGCCGGUCACCUCCACCUGCCAGGCAUGGCUUGCACAGAUCGCAGUCGGUGUACAGUAAGGGCAGCUCCGCCACGAGUGGGGCCGCCAGCAGUGCAGCGGCCACCAGUGCAGUGGGCGGGGGCCCGCUGGUCGCGGCCACGUCGCUAGUGCUGCGCCCACCCACACACACGCAUGCUCAUCACGCUCUAGCACAUAACCAGAAUGCCCACAACGCUCAACGAGAUCCUCCGUACGGCACAGCCAACGGUGUUCGCCCAGGACCAGCCGGAGCAGCUGUAAACGAGAGGCGUGAGUCAGUGUACAGCGGGAGCGUGGGCGGUACUAGCGCGAGUGGCGCGUCGAUGGGAGCGGGCGGCGUGGGCGCGGGCGUGGGCGCGGCGCGGCGGGACGACGCGUACGGCACGUACUCGCGCGCGCCGCACUACCGCUCCGCGCACGCGCAGCACGCUCUGCCCGACCACUACUAGCGACGCGCCGAGCAGCACAACAUAGCGCUGCUCUUCGACGUUUGAAGCGAUCGGACCUUACGCCCAGUGAGGGUCACGUCACUCUAGGGGGACUGCCUACACUCAUUAGCUGACUGCACCGGACAGUGCCGCGCGGCUAGACCACAGUCUGUGACCAAAACUACACGAGUGUGUGAUUCAAGUACAUUCAAAUACACAAGGACUUGUCAAAUCUGUAGCUCGGUGAUAAACAUUUUGAAUAAUUAAAAUAUUUCAUAAAUACAGACCAAAUUGUUAUGGUCAUAUUGUUAUACCUAAUGUAUGCUGAGUAAAUUGUUUAAAUUUUUGAGAAUGCAAUUUCUAUUACAUAUAUUAUUAUCAUUGGUAUUCAAUAUUGUGAUUCAAAAACGUGUUAUAAAAAUAAAGAGUAAGAUGUAUAAUAAUAUCUAGAUGGGAUUUAUAAAAACUUUGAUGAAAAGUAUUGGAAACGUUUUAAUAACUGUUUUAAAUUUAGCCUCUAAGUAAUCCACAAUUAUUUAAAUCGUAGAAAAAUAAUGUCGGUCUACAAAAAUAUAUAACGUGUUACAAAUAAUUGCUAUACAAGUUACCUUAAAAUAUUUCAUUUAAAUCUUAGAAUAUUGUAAGGAUUUGUAAAAAAUCUACAAAUUAAACAUUUUUUUUUAAACUCAUUUGGCCAAUCGGACAAAAUCACUGCCGAACACGAGUUCGUAUGAGUUAAGUUACUUAUUUAUAAAUGUAUUUAUAAGCCGAAUUAACAUUACGAAAUUACUUUAGUUAGAGUUGUGUAGUAUGAGUUUGCUUUACGUUGAACGAAAGGCACGAAUGAACCAACCAAUCAGAGCGCCGAAUGCGCUCUUGAAAACGUUAAACGUAAAACAAACUCGUACUAAGCCCUUUGUACUUUGAAAGUAACUUUGUAAAAAGUCAUAGUAUGGUGAAAUGUGUUUAUUCCCAGUUUUGCAUCGUAUUUACCCGAUAGCAUUAGUUGCAUUCAUGUAACUGCAUGUUUAUCGAAAAUGCAAUAACGUCAUAUUUUUUUAAUAGUUAAAUUAUAAUUGGGGAACGAAAAUAGUUUCAGGUCUGUUUCAUAAAAUUAAUUCGGCUUUAAUGUUUAAUACAAAUAAUCGCAGACAAACAUACAUAUGUACAUACAUACAUACAGGUCAAAUUAAAAACCUUCUUUUUUUAAUGUCGGUUAAAAUUUUUUAUUAAGUGCCAUAUUAUACCGACAAACAUCUUUUAAAUUCUUAUCCAUGUUGUUCAAAUAAAUCAUGGUAACUUAUUAUAUUAUAUUAAAAGACUUAAUAGUUUCGAUAAGUAGGUAUGAUAGUGACUAGAUUGUAAAUAGUAUGUACCUUAUUACAUAAUCUGCCAAAUGAAAUAUAUCUGUUUUUAAUAAUUAAGGUGUAACGGGUCUCAUUUAUUGUAAAGUAAUUUUGAAUUAUAUAGGUUGACUGGUAAUUAGUGACCGAUAUUUGAACACGUGAUUGUACUCAUCCUUACAAACAACUUUCCCACAGAAACUUUUUUGUAUACUCAUUAGUUUUAUUUUUAUCACAAUAACAAAAUUUUGCAUGAUCAGCUGUUAGCAGCGAGGCGCCCGCGCCCGCGUUAUCAGAAGACUUGUGAUAAAAAUAAAACUAAUGAGUAUACAAAAAAAAAAAUCUUUAGGAAUGUUGUUUGUAAUAACGAGUACAAUCACGUGUUUAAUAUCGGUCACUAAUUAUCAAUCACCCUGUAUACCUUCCUACCUGUUUAUGUAAAAUAUUUCUAAAACUUAUUGGUUAGAUUGUAAAAUAUUUUCUAGGUAAUAAUACAUUUUAGGAUAUUCUUAGAUUAGCACCUGUCGACCACUGACUAUUUCGAUGAUUCUCUGUAAUCCUCCCAUAAUUACUUACUCGUAAAUAAAUUAUUUGCUACCUACUAUUGUUAAUUCGCUAUUAAACCAUAAACUAUACGAAUAUUGCAGGAUUAUUUUAUAUUUGUAAAAAUAAAAUCCAAAAAAUAUUAGAUCAACCUGAAUGUUUAAUAUAAAGGGAAAAAGAUUGGAUCACGUGUCAAAUAAUCAGAUCCCACACGAAAUACGCUUUAAAAGGUUGAAGGCUAAAAUACUUUAGCAUACUUUUGUCCUAAUUUUAAUAUUCCUGUACAAAUAAACAAAAAAAAAGUAUAAGCAAUUCUAUCGUAACUUUUGUAAAUAAUUUUGAAAUAAAUUCACUUGAAGUUGUA